AUGUUAGAAAAAAAGUUUGCUGACAUUGACAAGAAAUUUGAGAAUGUUUUAAACAAGAACAAGAGGAAGUUAGAAAAUGCUCAGAUAAAGCCUAUACAUGACAAGUUCUUAUUUGCUCAGAAUGGUAUAACAGGUCUAAUUGCACCACCUGGGUCGGGUAAGACUUUCACUUAUCUUAAAAUGGCUGCACAACAACAAGAACUAGAUGAGAAGAACCCAUUCUAUGAGUUAGUAGUCAUUUGUAGUACUUCUGGUCAAUUUGACCAAACCGUCAAUUCGUUCAAAGAUAUUAUAAAGAAGUCUAAGUUAGUAUGUAUAAAAGACUCUGAGUUGUUAGAUUGGAUAAAGAAGUACCAAAGAAGAGUUUUGAAGUAUAAUGCUAUAAAUGAGUAUAUAAAUUCGAAGUUUAAAGACCCAAAUGAGGAAAUGCAGAGAAUAUUAGAGAAGAAACACUUCAGAAACAAACAGAAAGAGAUAGAAUACAUUUCGAAGAAAUUGCAAUCUUACGAUUGGAAGACUUACCCUCAUAGAUGUCUUCUUAUCUUAGAUGAUUUCGCCUCUCAUCCUUUGUUAAAGAACAGAGAACAAGACAU